CAAUACGUUUUGCCGCUCACCUUUUGCUUCGCCUCAUCUCCACCCCCCGCCAAGAUCGGUGACCCAAAGACAACUCAGAUAUCCCCCACUGUCCUGUUUUUGAUCACUCGUCAAUCUUGUUCUGCGCUGCGCUGCGCCAUUUGACCAGAAACUAAAAUCUCGCGCUUCUGCGUUCGGCAUUUCUGUUGUUACCUGGCUUACUGCUGUGCGCUGGCUUCGGUUGCCUGCCAACUGAACCGUUGCUUCUAGACUUAUCCGUUGCGCAACAAACCCUUGCUCGAGUCGUGCUCACUGACGCCCGUUUCUGGUGUCGCACCAAGUCGUCGCAUAUUCUACAGUCACUUUGUUUUCUCGACUCUUCGCCUUAACUACCCUCACCAAUACCCGAGACAGUGACUCUUGUCUCGUAUUCACUUCCAAAAAUGCCCACUGCAUCUGGUUCCCCAAAACCGCCCUCCGCAUCGAGCUCGAAACCAUCCUCGGUUAAGUCUCAGGAUGGGGUCAAGAAGUCCCCUGGUCUAGCACCACAGAAUGGUGCAACCACUGAUAAUGGAAAUCCUCCCUCAGACACGCAUCUCAAGCCAACAGCCUCAGUAAAGAACCGUCUCACCCGCAUGUUCUCAUCCAAGGAUACGUCAAGAGUUCCGACUCCCGCCCCUUCGACUGUCGAUUUACCUAAUCGCCCGCGGGCUUCUUCCACAAACGGCAACUCUACACCCGCGGCAAAGACUUCGUCCACCGAGAAGGGUAGCGACAAGGCUUCGCACAAACCGACUGACAAGGCCACGACACCAGCCAAACCCGCCACGAAAUCGACCAGUGGCAAGGAACCCUCUCAACGAUUUGUUCUAAAUCCGGAAGCACAAGGUGGCCAUGAGCAUCAUCUAAAAUCUAGUCGACGUCAGGAAAAGCUCUCGGAUAUGUGGAGAGCGAUCAUCGGCAGGAAACAGGAUGCAGCCGCCGAGCACGAUCUAUCGCUCGUUUCAAAUUGGGUGGAUACACUACAGCAAGAAAAAGAAGAAGCUGGCGAUAGAAAAGGUGGACCCAGCGCAACGACAACCCUGGUCGAGAAAUACGGCAAAUGCCAGGAAGUGGUCGGUCGUGGUGCUUUUGGCAUUGUUCGAAUCUCCCACAAAAAGAUUGGUGGCAGCAAUGAAAAGCUCUUUGCUGUCAAGGAGUUCCGACGCCGACCAGAGGAGACAGAGAAGAAGUAUAGCAAGCGACUCACAGCCGAAUUCUGCAUAUCGUCCUCGCUUCGACAUCCCAACGUUAUUCACACACUCGAUUUGCUUAAGGAUGCCAAGGGUGACUACUGCGAAGUCAUGGAAUUCUGCGCUGGAGGAGAUUUGUACACUCUCGUUCUCUCAAGUGGGAAGCUCGAGGUACAAGAAGCCGACUGUUUCUUCAAGCAGAUGAUGCGAGGUGUCGAAUAUCUUCAUGAGAUGGGUGUAGCGCACCGUGAUCUGAAGCCAGAAAACUUGCUCCUGACGACCCGUGGCGCUCUCAAAAUUACGGAUUUUGGCAACGGAGAGUGUUUCCGAAUGGCUUGGGAGACGGACGCGCAUAUGGUAUCUGGCCUGUGUGGUUCUGCUCCCUACAUUGCCCCCGAGGAAUACACGGAUAAGGAGUUCGAUGCCAGAGCUGUAGAUGUGUGGGCCUGCGGUGUCAUCUUUAUGGCAAUGCGGACAGGGCGACACCUUUGGCGACUGGCCAAGAAGGAUGAUGAUGAGUUCUACGCCCGUUAUUUAGAGGGUCGCCGUGAUGAGGAGGGCUACGGCCCCAUCGAAUCUCUUCACCGGGCGCGAUGCCGCAAUGUCAUCUACUCGGUUCUCGACCCCCACCCGACUCGACGCUUGACGGCCGCUCAGGUCCUUAAGUCAGAAUGGGUACGUGAGAUCAAGCUAUGCAAGGCUGGUGAAGAGGGUCUAUGAUGAUGGUGAUGCUGAGGGUGAUGGUCAAUUUGGGGACCUCUGAACUCGAGCGAUUCAAACUCGAUGAGUAAUCGACUCGAGUUG